UAUGCACACACAGGCGAGCCGAGUCCUCUUUCGUCGCCGUUAGGUCCCCUCUCAGAGUCGCCCGAGUCUGAGUCCGGAUUCCCCAAACUUUCCUUACAAACAGAUCGAGUCAGAGGCUCAGUCGACAGCGUUUCGUCGGGAUAUGAACCUAAUUCAAGAUCCCCGUUAUUCGAGAGCGACCAUGGACUGGGUCCGUCCGGCCUGGAUCGUAUACGCCAGCACCAGCCAUCCCGCGUGCUCACUCUUCCCAAUUUAUCUACGUCGUCGCUAGCCCCGAUGGCUUCCAAACGUCCUUCGCCCUCCCCGCGCUCGCGCUCGUCGACUCGAGCCCACUCCGGCCGUUUGUCCAUGAGCUCGAGUUCCACGGACUUGGAGGAUUUGCACAGGUUCCCACUGGAGUCGCUGCAUUCGUUCUCGUUUGCUCAGCAGUCCGAGGAGUUCCUUCACAGCCGUCAAAAUAUCCUCAAGAGGUCUAUUGAUUUCAUGCGCGACCGCAUGGGAUGGGCAGCGACAAACCCUGCUAUAGCCAACGCCCAAGCCAAUGUCAGUGGGGACCCGGAGAUGCAAGGCAUGAUGGACCUGCUCGCCCGGGCAAACAUGCUUGAGACCCAGGACCACCAGAUCCCAGGCCGAGGACCCAUCACAGGACCAGCGGAAUUGAAUGGCGACAACGUGUUUGAAAGAGCCUUUUCGGACGGUGACUCCUUGUCUCCAGUCAGCACCCGGGACAUGGCCCAGGAAUCUCUCACCUCGGGGUCACAUCAAUCUGACAGCUCCCAUUUGAUGAGCCCAGUACCCAAUGACCAGAUCUCCAACCAACGGAGGGACCUAAUCGCGGCACCAACUUCCAGGCGCGUAAGCUUAAAACGUACAUACACAGAUCUCUGCUCUGUCUCUCAAAAGAGCAAGCUGAUGGAAACUUUAGCGCAACCUUACACCUCUUCGGCAGACCCGUUCUCCUCGCUUGGCUCGUCAACAUCUGGAAUGGGACUCCCUAUCCCCGCCCUUCACACCCAUAGCAGCAAAUGGACCCCGGUUUCCCAGGCCGUUUUCAGGACCGAAGCCGAGGCACCCUGGACCAUUCUGGCCGCUAAUGAUCUCUCUUGUCUGAUAUUUGGUGUUCUUCAAUCCGAAGUCCGCCGCAUCAGUAUCCUCGAGGUCGUGCAAAAGGAACAUAGAGAAUGGCUCGAGGCCAAACUCCGAGACCCCAGUACUGAUGCCGCAGCCCGUAUGCCACUUAAGCCGGAACGAGCCAACAUUAGCGCGGUGAACCCCAACUUCCGCGGUCUCGGGAAUGGCGUGACAGCCCAACUACUCAGCAAACCGUCUUCCCGCGAAAAGUCUCGGAGAUCACAAACUGACGAUGGAUACGGCUCUAGCACACGGGGUCCCAGAAACAAUAACCACCCCGGAAACAAGUCUCGAGGAGUCUUGCUAUGCGGCGACGUUGUUCCAAUCCAAAAGCGCAAUGGGACCAAGGGAUCUGCUAGCGUGUGGGUUAUGGAGAAGCGCGGUGGCCUGAUCUGGGUCCUGGAAGAGAUUACAGAAAAUGUCGCCUCCGUCCAGUGUGACGAUUCAUGGACCGUCAUGGGUGCCAUGGGUGACUCAGAAAAGAUCUGGGGCUCGUCUGUGGUUCAAAAGGGACAACCGAUCACUGAUCUUUUACCUUGUUUGCCAUCGGCCUCCCUUGAAACAUCCUUUGCAAGGGGAUUGGACCAAAUUGUGCAACUCAAGCACUUUGCCGCCCGGACCGCAGCCGGCGUUUGUAUCCCUGUGGCUGUCGGCAAGGGCGAGGGAAAUCGAACUCUCCAGGUCUCCAGCUUCCCUCAUGUUGCUGGUAUGAUGGUGCUCUCGUCUUCUUCUUUGAACGUGAUCAGCUCCAACUCCGUCUUCUCUUCCGUCUUAUUCGGCCAAACCAGACCAGAGGGACUUCACAUCACCGAACUCAUCCCAGACUUCGAUGAAAUCCUGGAUGUUUUGACCGAAGAAGAUAAUGUGCCCCUCGUGGAUGGAAUUGUCAUUCCCGAACACAGCUUCCGCCGAGCAAGAACCUUGUCUAUUCUCCGCGAUGGAAAGUCAAAUGCUGCUUCUGUGUUCACAGAGCCAAGUGGUCUACUUGCCAAACACAGGGACGGCUCAACUAUUGUUGUGGACAUCCAACUCCGCGUUGUGAAGAGUGGAACCUUCUUCUCGAAGGAGAAGGCGGAGAAAUACAGUGAUCGGAGCAGUGAUUCAGAUGAUAGCGAUGAUACAAUUGCAGUCACUGAGCUGGUCUAUGCUCUGUGGAUCACCUACUCGAGACAACUCCACGCCGCCGGGCCUGCCGCCGGACUCUCGCCAUCGUCUGUACCCUCCUCCAAACCCACGUCACCGACACACAUCCCCGCCUCGAAUGGCUCGUCAGACUCAAGCUCUGAUUCUCAGAAAACGGAAAACCGCGAUCCUUCUGUGAUUAUUCAAGCUCCGACCUCGAACCUUAGCCAACAACUCAGCGAAGCCGCCUCUGAGCCACUCACUGACCGUCCUGUACAACCGAUCCCUGAGAUUACAUCUACCAGCGCGAAAAACGAGCCUGCAGCAAAGCGGACGAUCAACGACUACGUCAUUCUCGAGGAAAUGGGCCAAGGAGCCUAUGGACAAGUCAAAUUGGCGCGUCAGAAGAAAAUGCCCACCAAGAAGAUGGUUCUCAAGUAUGUCACCAAGAAACGCAUCUUGGUAGACACUUGGACCCGGGACCGACGUCUCGGGACUGUGCCUUUGGAGAUUCAUGUCCUCGAUUUCCUCCGACGGGAUGGACUCAAGCAUCCCAACAUCGUCGAGAUGGAAGGUUUCUUCGAGGACGACGUCAACUAUUAUAUUGAGAUGACACCCCAUGGACUGCCAGGAAUGGAUCUCUUCGACUACAUUGAGCUCAAGGCCAACAUGGACGAGUCGGAGUGCCGCAACAUCUUCAAACAAGUCGCGGGUGCCACUAACCACUUACAUACCAAGGCACUGGUUGUGCACCGUGACAUUAAGGAUGAGAAUGUGGUUCUCGACGGUGAAGGGCGAAUCAAGUUGAUCGACUUUGGCAGCGCGGCCUACAUCAAGAAUGGGCCAUUCGAUGUCUUUGUCGGAACGAUUGAUUACGCCGCGCCCGAAGUCCUCCAGGGCCGAUCCUAUCGUGGCAAAGAGCAAGACAUCUGGGCCCUGGGUAUCCUCCUUUACACGAUCGUCUACAAGGAAAACCCCUUCUAUAACGUCGACGAGAUCCUAGACCACCCCCUCCGGAUCCCCUUCCUCCCCUUCUCCGAAGACUGCAUUGACCUCAUCCGCACGAUGCUCGAUCGUGAUGUUGAUAACCGGCUGACCAUCACCGAGGUGCUCGAGCAUCCGUGGAUGGUGGCAAAUUGA